GAAACCUUUCUGAAAAACCAUUCCGGCGGGAAAAUAGAAAAAGGCGAUUAGGGUAUAUACUCAUCUAUUGACAUUGUAGCGAAGCUAAUCCCAUCGAAAUCCGAUAGCCAUGUCCGGAGAAGCUUCGACCAGCCGCCGUAAGAGGCAACGUGUUCCUUCCAGUGUUGAAUCCGUAGAAAAUGGCGGAGGCGAUGCGGUGGCGCGAUCUGGGACAUUGUUCGAGCUAGAUCUACUCGAUUGUCCCAUUUGUUGUCACGCACUCACGUCUCCUAUCUUCCAGUGUGACAAUGGACAUAUAGCUUGUUCUUCUUGUUGUACUAAACUGAGGAACAAAUGCCCUUCUUGCGCUUUGCCGAUUGGUAACUUUCGAUCUAGGAUAAUGGAGAGAGUUGUUGAAGCAGUCAUGGUCACAUGCCCAAAUGUGAAACAUGGUUGCACUGAGAAGUUUUCUUAUGGGAAAGAGUUGAUCCAUGAGAAGGAUUGCAGGUUCGCUUUGUGCUACUGUCCUGCACCAAACUGCAACUAUUCGGGGGUGUAUAAGGAUCUCUACAGUCACUUCUACGUUAACCACUAUGACACAUGGAAUCAAAUCGGGUGUGGCAAUUUCGCUGGUGCAUGGCUACGUAUCAGUGAGAAGAUUUUGGUCCUUCAAUAUGGACAGGGUCCCUUGAUUGCGGUUCAGUGUUUCAAGGAGACACAAGGAAUGUAUGUGACUGUGAACUGUAUAGCACCUUGUGCUCCAGGAGUUGGGGAGUUAUCCUUUGAGCUCUCGUACAAGAUGCCGAUGGGAGGUAACAGCACUAUGAUGUUUAAGUCAGAGGAGAUGAAUAGGAUUCAGAAAGUGAGUUUCCAAACUCCGGAGAAGGACUUCAUGUUAGUUCCUUAUUAUUUCUUGGGUGAUUUCUCUACAUUGAAGAUGGAAAUUUGCAUACGCAAGUUAAAAAAAGAUGAAGAAGAAGCUGAUGAAGAUGAAGAAUCUGAAGAAGAAGAAGAUGAUGAUGAUGAUGAUGAUGAUGAUGAUGAAGAAGAAGAUGCUGAUGAAGAAGAGUAAUAAUCAUCAUAUCAUAUCCAUUGUAGGUCGUUCUGUUCAUAACUUCAUCUACCCUUUAAAUACAUUUCUGAUGUUUUUCUGCAGCUACUUUAGUUUGUCAUCUAUGCACUCUAAACGAAUAAGUUUCAUUGCUCUGAGAAUUUUACAGGGCUUUAUUUGAUUCUGCAAGAAUAAUUUCUCAGCUUUUAAAACCUUAACUCUGUUUUUGGAGUUUCAUUAGAUAAUUUAGAUGCUAUACUUUGCACAAUGUGUUUUUCUGAUGAUCCAUGAUUUUGAGGAUCUCUGCAUUGAUAAUAG